AUGUCGCUCUCACCCUUCGGCUCUCGGUCGCCUUCCAUGACCGUACGUUCCCCAAAUACAGCAAUUCGCCUGCGAGCUACCGCUGCACAGAAUUCGGCUUCUGGAACUACUGUUGUCGCAUCAUCAAAGCCUGUGCAGAAUGGAGAUCGCGAACUUACUGAACAACUCAACAUCGAUGUACGAGAGCGAUACGUCAAAGACAAAAAAGUAGGAGAAGGUACUUAUGCCGUAGUCUUCGUUGGCCACCUCCGAGACGACCCUUCAUCCCUCGUCGCCAUCAAGAAAAUCAAAGUCAACGCCGAAUACAAAGAUGGACUGGCUAUGGAUGCGGUUCGCGAAGUGAAGUAUCUUCAAGAGCUGAAACAUCCUAAUGUUAUCGCCCUACAUGACGUUUUUUCGUCUAAAGACCAAAAUCUCAGCUUGGUUCUUGAGUUCCUCCCCGGAGGAGAUCUUGAAAUGCUCAUCAAAGACAGCGAUAUCCACUACGGUGUGGCCGAUAUCAAGGCCUGGAUGGGUAUGCUGGCCCGUGGCGUGUGGUGGUGCCACGCGAACUUUGUCCUUCACCGGGAUAUCAAGCCCAACAAUCUGUUGAUUGCGGCAGACGGAGAGGUCAAACUGGCCGAUUUCGGUCUCGCCAGAUCCUUUGCCGACCCUGGGUUCAACAUGACCCAUCAGGUCAUCACUCGAUGGUACCGUCCACCCGAGCUUCUCUACGGCGCGCGGCAAUAUUCCGGUGCCGUCGAUGUGUGGUCCAUGGGCAUGGUCUUCGCAGAGCUUCUGAUCCGCGUUCCCUUUGUGGCAGGUAACACCGAUCUGGACCAAAUUUCUAAAAUCUCCGAAGCGUUUGGAACGCCCACGGAAGACAAUUGGCCUGGAGUCAGCAAGCUGCCUAACUAUAUCACGACGGAUAAAAGCCAAAUGGUACCAUUACAAGGACGGGAUUUCUUCAUGCGUCAAUUCCCCACUGCAGGACCGGUGGGUGCAGAUCUGCUGAUGGCGAUGUGUGCCCUUGACCCGCGCAAACGCAGCACAGCGAUUCAGUGUCUCCAGCACAACUGGUGGACCAUUGAACCUCGACCAACCAAGAAUGAAGAUCUCCCGCGUAAAUCCGGUGGAACCAAAAAGAUGGGGGAUGAUCUGACGCGGCGGGGUGGCGAGCUGGAUGAGGGUCUUUUCAAAAGUGCAGCUCGGCAAUUGGAUUUUGGCGGGAUGAAAUGA